GUAGGGAUCUCUUUCGGGAUUGCAAAUGGCGGAGAUGGCAAACACGGCGAGGGAGAUCACCACCGUGCCGUUACUUACCUCACGGCAGGACACCAGAGACUCGCCUUCUGCAGGAGGAGAUAGAACCACGACGAUGCUCUCCUUGCUUUUAGGUCUUUUCGCUGGGCGGCGUGGAGCGUCGAUGCUAGUGCGCCAGACUGCGGCACGACAGUUGGAGGACUGGCGAGCAGAUUGGGGCUACUCGUUGCCAGUUGUUGUUUUAGACAUGACGUGGAACUUUGUGUUCGUGGUGGUUUCGGUGGUUAUGUUGUUCUGGACUGCGCGGGAAAAGCCAAAUGUGCCGCUUAGGUUGUGGAUCUGCGUCUACUCGUUGCAGUGUGCGAUACACAUAGUGCUGGUGUGGUUGGAGUAUCGGCGGAGGAAUCGGGGAGUAGCGGGAGACCAGACGACGGCUGACUGUUUUUGCUUUGGGCACAGUGAGGAUAGUGAUGGAAGCGAUGUGGAUUUGGAGAAUUACACUAUGAUCGGUGAUGCUCUAAGAUGGGAAAACAUUAAUACCACGAUCUCCUAUAUGUGGUGGGUAGUUGGCUUCUGUUGGCUGCUCUCUGAUUUCAAGAUUCUUCUGCAUAGUGCUCCACGCCUAUUCUGGUUGGCUUUGGCAUUUUUGGCCAUCGACGUGUUCUUUGCUUUCAUUGCUUUUGUUCUGGCAUGUUUACUAGGGCUUGCUGUUUGUUUUUGCUUCCCCUGCAUCAUUGCCAUCCUGUGUAUCAUUGCUGGCCGGGAAGGUGCAUCGGAGACGGACAUCAGUGUCCUUCCCAAGUACAGAUUUGAAGCUUUCAGUGAUGAGGAGCAAUCUGAUGUUGGAGCAGGUAGAAUGAUUCCUAUUGAAACAAAUGGUCGGGACUUUUCUGUUGGACGUGUUCUUCUAGCUGAGGAUGCAGACUGCUGUAUAUGUCUCUCCCCAUAUGAAGAUGGAGUGGAACUUCUUUCACUUCUCUGCAACCAUCACUUUCAUGCUACAUGCAUCGUGAAAUGGCUGAAGAUGAAUGCGACUUGCCCACUCUGCAAGCACCACAUCAGGCGAAACGAACAGGUUUAAAGGGCAUUCUUUUGUAUCGGUGAGUGUACAGCAAAAUAUCGUAUCUGGAAAUAUAGAUUUUGACUAACACAUAGAAAAAAACCGAAAUAAAGGGCAACAAUACAUAGGUCUGACUAUUGUUACUUUAGUAAAGUUCCUCCUCGGCUUGAGUCUCCAUAUGGUUGACUUCAGUA